AUUUAAAUGUCAGAGUUUGCCUUCCCAUGAACCCUAGCAACUUCCUUUCGGACUAUUCCUGGACAGAGUGAGUAUGGCGCCCAACAAGAAGGGAGGAGAGAAGAAGAAGGGGCGGUCGGCCAUCAAUGAGGUGGUCACCAGGGAAUACACAAUCAACAUCCACAAGCGGAUACAUGGCAUCUCGUUUAAGAAGAGGGCCCCCCGUGCCAUCAAGGAGAUCCGUAAGUUUGCAGUUAAGGAGAUGGGAACACCUGAUGUCCGCAUCGACACGCGCCUCAACAAGGCUGUCUGGACCAAGGGAGUGAGGAAUGUUCCAUACCGCCUCCGCGUGCGUCUGUCCAGGAAGCGUAAUGAAGACGAGGACUCUGCCAACAAGUUGUACACCCUCGUCACAUAUGUCCCCGUCACCACCUGCAAAGGUCUGCAGACAGUCAACGUUGAUGAGAACUAGGUUUCCUUCUGGGGAAAUAAAAUGUGUAAAUUGUGAAUCCUGAA